AUGGACACAUCCUGGGGCCGCUACUCCAUCGCUGCCGUUCUCGAUGGCCGGAACGGCAUUGUCUGUGACAUCACAGGUCUCAUGUCAAAGUACAUGUUGGACACAACAGCCUCGGAAGACCCUGCCAGGGAUGCCAAAACCACAGGAUUGAAGCAUCACGGUCAAUCGUGUGUUUGCCGCUCGCGGUCGUCUUCGCUUCCGCCUCCUGUCGAGAUGGGCCCCAGAUCCGUCUACCGCAAUAUCUGCACUGCCGAGAAUCCCCCGCGAUCCGUUGCCAUUUGUCCCCAACGCGUGUGUGUCGCUUUUGGCUCUUCGUCUGCCGUCGAGCUGCACUGGGUUGACGGUCAAACCAACCGAGAUCUGGUCCGCCGUUUCCCCUUGUCCACGCGGAGCGACUUCGUCUACUUUCUUCCACCUCGCCCUGCUGUCGACUCUGUCAAGAAGCUUCGUCUGAUCAGCUCAGCGGCAGCCAUGGACAGCAACUCGACUUCGAUGCAGAUCAUCUUGGGCGCUCUGGGCGGCAGCUUUGGCGGUUAUCCUCCCGAGAUCCCCGCCGUCAUUUCGCGACUCGAGACAUCAGCGGCUGGCCCCGAAGCCGACACUUCCAAUGUCUACACAAUCACAGAACAGCAGCUGAGUGCUUCCAUCAGUCCUCCGCCGUUCCGCAGAACUACGUGGAGGGGGUGGGGGAAAAGGGCUCCCAAACCCAGAUCCAUCGCCGCCGACAACUAUCGGGCUGUGCCCCUGAGUGACGGCUCUCAUAUCCUCUUCACCGACCCCAGGACGGGGUACUUGUGCUUGGGCGCUGACUCUCCAAUUGGUUCGAUGACCCGCCUCCAGAGAAAGGUGCAGUUUUGGCCACCUUCAGCAGCCUGCUCUAAUGCUCCAACCCUGUGCGCCGUCGGAGCCGACCUGACCCAUGGCGUGAGGGUUGCCGCCGUCUUCCCGACAGCACAAUGGGUGGACCAGCUUGGCUUCCAUUCGGAGAAGCAGCUGCUAGUCUUCUAUACCUUGCCUCCAGACAUGUUCAGAGACAUCUCCCGCUUCAGUAACCUUGCGGACAUGAUUGAUCGUCCCGUGGCUGACUGGGCUCUGUGGUGGCCAAUGUCUGUACUUCGAGCGGUUGUCGUGGCGUACAACAGCGAUGCGACGACCUCCGACCUCUUUAACAGAGGACCCUCAUAUCCCAUUGAUGUUCACGGGCAGGUCGUUGCCGUCUGCUCGGGCAUUGUCGACCUUGCGCUAGACCCGGGCCCUGACAUGCUUAUCUGGGCAUUCAGCGGAAAAGGCUCAGCUCGUUGCUGGGCACUCAACACAGGAGACCAAAAUGCGGUACUGCGAAGCACGGUCCUGAGGGAUGGUAGCUUGCGGGAGGUGGACGAGGAUGGCGAUGUGGUGAUGGAAGACGUGGCUUCGGGCAAUCGAACGGAGAGCAACCCGCCGACCCCGACAAGACCGCUUACGAUGGACGGCGAGGAUAUGCCCCAGUUUGCUCGUCCAUCUGCAAAUCAUCCUCUGUCGUACAGGUAUUAUCGAUUGACCACCCGGGGGAGGGAAGAAGACGCUGUGAAAGCGAAUUUGCUUGAGAACAUCCAGGGUGUGGCGAGACUGGAUAUCGAGCUUCGCUGA